AUGGCGGUCAUCUUGGUGUUGCUGCUGUGUUUGACCAGUUGUCCUCUCAGUCAAGCUCUUCCAGUACCGAUUUCUGGAGGUGAUGUUCAAGAUGCUGAGGUGGACAAGAGGAUAGUAUCUGAGAUAAUACGGGAAACAAACAAAGAUAUCGUCAAUGAUGAUGAGACCCAUUUUAGGCCGGUGUCCGAUAUAAUAGAGGAAGUAAACAAAGAUACCUCUGUUCUGCUUGUGGAAGGUGACAUUAGGCCUAACCUUGACCGCAGUGUGACGGAAUGUACAAGAUGCUUGUGGUUAAAGUCCCAGGAUGGAAGAGUUCGAGUCCCAUAUACUACCCCCUCACCCACAUACACGAAUUUUGAAAGAUCGAUGUUUAUUUCGGCUAUGAAGGAAUUUGAGGUGAUGACCUGCAUACAGUUUGUCAGCAGAAGCACCGAGAAUGACUAUCUGAGUAUAGAGGAUGGAUCGGGCUGUUGGUCAUACGUUGGGAAGAUGGGGGGUAAACAGACAAUGAGUCUCUCUAUGGCCGGAUGUAUCAAGUACAAUAUCAUACAACAUGAAUUCAUGCAUGCUCUGGGCUUCUAUCAUGAAUUCACAAGAAGUGACCGGGAUGACUACAUAGACAUCAUGUGGCAGAACAUUUCUCCAGGUGAUCGGCCUUAUUUCUACUUGGAUAAUGGGAAUACCCAGGACAUUCCUUACGAUUACAAUUCUAUUGUGCAUUAUACAAAGUACGCUUUGAGCAGUGUAUCUGGCCAACCAUCCAUGGUCGCAAAACCUGACCCCAACGUCCCUAUGGGACAGGCGAUAGGACUGGAUAAUCUGGAUGUGAUGAAGAUUAACAAAAUAUACAAUUGCAAUCUGUGUAGACAGAAGCUUAUUACACCAGGGUCUUCCACCUAUGACUCCACCUCAUCAGGACAGGGAGGAGCUUAUUGCCUCUAUCUCAUCCAAUCCACCCUGAAGGUUCUCCUGCAGCUCAGUGGCCUCAAUAUCCCAUCAUCUCCUGGCUGUAGUAAUUCCUACAUUAAAGUCUAUGAUGGAGUCAGUCAGUCCUCGCCUGUCCUGCUGGACAAGACAUGUGGAAGCGGACCGGUCCCACCGCUGGUAUCAUCUGGAAGCUUCAUGCUCAUAGAGAUUGUGAACAACAAACCAUCAGUUCCAAGCACUUUUACAGCUUCCUAUGAAACAGUGAGAUACGGAGGAACCUAUGUGACGGAUACCGGAGUGGUGACAUCUCCAGGAUUUACAAGUUUUUAUCCCAGUUUUUUGGAUGUUGUCUAUAGUAUCAUAGCCCCCAUAGGAAAAAAGGUGUCCCUAAGCAUCUAUUUCUUUAUGACAAAACCUUCACCGACCUGUUCCAUAGACUAUUUGAUUGUUAAUGAUGGACCAUCGAACUCUUCCGCCAUCUUGGGAACUUACUGUGGAUUUUUGGACGACCUACCUCCCCCACUGGUGUCUACUGGGAAUGUGAUGCUUCUCCAGUUCCACAGUGGGGAUAGUACUGGUUAUAAUGGAUUUUAUGCUGAAUAUGAGUUUGUGACUACAAGCUGAAUGACGCAACUGAGAGAGAAUCCAAUUAUCUCUGCAAAACCAAGACCCGAAACAUUUUGGCAAAGACAUAGAAUGUUUUAUUUUUGUCAAAAAUUCUGUUCAUAAAAUUUGCUUGCAGAAUAAAU